CGGACCGGCUAUAUCAGUCAUUCCCCGACGGAGUAGAUUACGGUCAAACACAGAUCCGAUCGGCAACAUGCGAGUCUUAAUAACAGCGCUUCUGGUUUGUAUUGCUUUGGCUUUAUGCCAAGCAGCAGUAAAGCGUGCAUUCCCCUGCACGAUAGCCUUGGACUGUAAAGCUUCAGUUGACACUUGUGAGGAUACCACCCAUCAUUGGUCGUGUUUACACCAUCUCUGCGCGUGUCAAUCACAUGGAUCAACAUCUGCUCCCAACGCCAGGCCCCACGAAGGUUCACCAUGCUCGGACAAAGACGAGUGUAGGAUGGAUAACUGUCCGCACGACAAUGAACAUUGCUAUGACGGUGCCUGCAAAUGCACACACAUCAGCGACGAACACCAUCACGGAUAAUCAUCGCUCUUCCUUCCUAAUAAAUCUGCGAUCCGAACUUC